CGGGCGGCCCUGCUGAGGCACCGGAGCGGGCUGUGGAGGGGCAGCCGGGCAGCGAGGCCGGGCCGCCGACGGGCUCCUUCUGGCUGACCCGCAUCGUGCUGCUGCGAUCCAUAGCCCUGCUUUACUGAAGAAGCUACAGGACAAAUGAGAAGCAGUGAACCUUGCCCCAUGCCCCAGCAGCACAUUGUGGCCUUCCUGGUGGGCUACCAUCAAAACAAGCAGCUAAUAGGAGAGAAGGGGCUGCUCCCAUGUAAGCUGUACCUGCAGAAUGUCAAGAAGUAUUUCAAGGGGAAGAUAGAUCUGGAUGCACUGAGCUAUGCACCAACAAUCAUCUGGUUUCUGGAUUGGUCAGACAUGGACAGCACCUUGGACUAUCUCUCCCUGUUUGGCUUGGCAACUUCAGCCUUUGUAUUGAUAACUGGAUGUGCAAACAUGGUCCUCAUGUCUGUCCUGUGGGUUCUCUACCUCUCCUUGGUCAAUGUUGGACAAAUCUGGUAUUCCUUUGGAUGGGAAUCGCAGCUCUUGGAAACAGGUUUCCUGGGGAUAUUCCUCUGCCCGCUCUGGACCCUGUCCCGCCUGCCCCAGCACACUCCUCCUUCCAGCAUCGUCAUCUGGGGCUUUCGGUGGCUGAUCUUCAGGAUCAUGCUUGGAGCAGGUCUGAUUAAAAUCCGAGGAGAUCGCUGCUGGCAGGAGUUAACUUGCAUGGAUUAUCACUAUGAGACGCAGCCAGUGCCCAACCCUGUUGCUUACUUUAUGCAUCGCUCACCAUGGUGGUUUCAUCGCUUCGAGACCUUGGUCAAUCACUUCAUAGAGCUGGUGGUGCCAUUCUUCCUGUUCCUGGGGCGGCGGAUGUGCAUCGCUCAUGGCCUCCUGCAGAUCCUUUUCCAGGUGCUUCUUGUCAUCAGUGGAAACCUGAGUUUCCUCAACUGGCUAACCAUGGUGCCCAGCAUCGCCUGCUUCGACGAUGUCAGCCUGGGGUUCCUCUUCAGCUCCAGGAUGAAAGAGCGUGUGGUGCAGAUACAGAGCAAAGAGGGAGCCAAGGAGAAGCUUCCCCUGGGCUGCUAUAUCCGCAAAGUGGUGAACAUCUCCUUCGGCCUCCUCAUUGUAUAUCUCAGCAUCCCGGUUGUCCUAAACCUGCUCAACUCCAGACAAGUCAUGAACACAUCAUUCAACCCUCUCAGGAUAGUGAAUACCUACGGAGCUUUCGGGAGCAUAACCAAGGAGAGAACAGAGGUCAUCCUUCAGGGGACAUCCAGCCUGGAUCCCAAUGACCCUGCUGCUGUUUGGGAGGAGUUUGACUUCAAAUGCAAGCCUGGGAACUUGAAGAGGAGGCCAUGCUUCAUCAGCCCCUACCACUACCGCCUGGACUGGCUGAUGUGGUUUGCUGCCUUCCAGACCUAUGAGCAGAAUGAAUGGAUCAUCCACUUGGCUGGGAAGCUGCUGGCCCAGGAAGAGGAAACCUUGUCCUUGAUGGCAACGAACCCCUUUGCAGGCAGAGAACCUCCACGGUGGAUCCGAGGGGAACACUUCAAGUACAAAUUCAGCCAACCCGGGGGAAAGCAUGCCAGCGAGGGGAAGUGGUGGAUUCGGAAGAGGCUCGGCCCUUACUUCCCCCCUGUCAACCUCAAGGGCCUGAAGAAGUUCUAUGAAGACAGGAAUUGGCCAUACCCCAUGCGGGACUGAUGGAGGAGGAUGAGCAAGGUCUAGAGGGACCAGCUGGGGAAGAGAGAGAGCAGCAGCUCCCUUACAAACAAUAUCUCUUGCCUCUCUCUGUAUUUUUUACCCUUACCCUUGC